AUGGAUUCAGGACUUCCUGCUUUAAGAAGGAAAAGCAAGAAAUUUCGUCUGUGGACUGAGAAGUUGCUCGCCUGCCAAGUUGUUUCACCUCGAAGAGACGUUAUUGUACACAGAGACACCGUAAGUGUUUAUUUCUUUUAUCUUAUAAUCAGAAUAACACACACAGGAGGAUUUAAGUUCGUUUGCGUCAAGAAGCAGUGAAGUUAUGUCAAUGAAACAAUCGCUACAAGUGAUACCUAUGUGAGCUCGGCAUGUCACACAGUGGAAAAAUACUCCCACAGUGUUUUUCUUUUACUGUUCCCUAAUUUUCCUCUUUCUUCAAUCUUUUUUCACAUUGAUGGGGUGGUCAGGAAAAGAGAACUAACAGAGAUGUCAAAGUUUUGGUGAGGAGAAAAAAACUGCCAAAGCUCAAGCUGGAUUGAUUCGAGUUGCCUGUAUGAAUUUAACAACUUUCUUACAACAUUGUUCAAUACCAAUAACUAUAGGCAUCAUGACAGAAAAUUGAAGUAAAUGUUCAAAAAAUUUACCCCCAAAAAAAACUUUUUACGAGUUCAUCUCAGUAGUUUUUUGACGAUGGAAAAUAUUGUUCAUCCAAGCUGAACCAUCUACUAAAUUUCAAACAGGUUUGAAGUGCUUCGUCAUGUAAAUACGGACAACAGAUCUUAAUGUUUGAAACUUGACAGCACAGUAUGAAACCUUAUACAGGAAGGCAAGGGAGACUUUGUGUGGGAGAUACACAGCAGUAAGGGUUCACAUGCUUUAAUGAGGGUUUGUACCAUGCAGGGUAUACAUUAUCAUAACAUCUACCUCUCAAUGACGGGUUUUAGUAGAAUAACAAAAUCUAAUGGAGUUUAUACUUUCAUAUAGUUUUAGUGUCAGAUAUCUAAGAUUCAGAUUUUAAAUAAAAUAAUCCAGAGGUAUCAAAGAAGUUUUAUUUUGAAGUGAAUAUGAUGCAUCAACAAAUGUUAUACACCUCCCUUCGAUCUGCGUAAAAAUCACAGGAUAAAACUUUUAGAUAGCACAUAAAUCAUGCACUUAACAGCUAAUAUGACUGUGCUGAACAGCCGACACAUCCAGCGAUUGUAGACUAAUAAUCCAGUGAUGUGUAGAGGAACAGACUUACCAUAGCUUUUUUAAUGGCUGUGUCAACUGAUCACAAAAAUGACAUUUUUAACAGAAUUUGUCUUUCUAAAUACAUACAAGAUAUUUGUAUUAAUGUGUGUAUUGUAAAUAAAAGAAAGAGUUUGAUGAAGGUUAUGUAAGGGCCAGUGUAGGGCCUGGAUCUGCAAACAAUCUUUUUAUCAAAAAAGUGUCUAUAAGAUCUCAGUUAUCGAUUAUGUGGCUUUAAAUGUAUGUUGGUGCUGUUAUUGACAACUUGGGAAAAAAAAAAAAACAAUCCUCACCCCCACACACAAAAAUAGAGAUGAUAAAUCUCCACUAUGACCUGCUGCGGUCAGAGAAGAAUUCUUACCAUGAAUAGUUUCUUUCUUUCCUUGAAAAUUUAGAGAUAACACGCCUGAAAAUGACUGUUUAGCCUGAAUAGGAUCUUUCUCUCCCAGAUUAUCUCGCUCUGGGAUAAACUGAGUUCUUGCAUGAAUGGGAGCCUGAUAGAAAUAUCUGUUGAAUGACAAGAGGCAGACACUAGAGUUCAGGAUAUGUAUUGACAGUAAAUUUUAUUCUUGCAAGAAUGGAGCACAACCAAUGCAUCAAAUGGAUACACAAGAGUGUUCUCUGAUUGUGGGGUUUCAGGGUCUUUUAUCCUCGCUUUCUCAGUCAUCUUGGGUCUUUGCCAUCAUUUCCAAAUCGAGUCAAUACACAUUUUUAACAAGUAACACUUGGUUUCAUUCUAUCCAUUAUACAUCUGCUGUCCUUGCAUAGUUUUAGUGACCUUAUCCUCCACAUGAUCUUCAAAGUAUUCACGUACUCCUGGAAUUUUAAACUUGAAUAGAAUUUUUCCAUCAAAGCCUACGCACGCUUGUCUGUUCUCAACUUGUCACAUGGAUGUAGAAAGUUGGGUCUCACAAUCACAAUCUCUCUCAAUGUCAGCAAGUCCCAGAAAAGGCAAAGUCUUAUUUGCACACUCAGGAAAUGAAAGAUCAUGAGAGCAUCUGCUACCACAUUGGUAUGAGUGAACAGUGAAAAUGGUAGGCAUUUCAUGCACUGAAAGGAGCCUUCAUAAGACGGCACAAACAAAACAGACAAGAGCAAUCAUCACACGGUGAGAGCAAGGAAGCAACACACACCUCUGGAGAAAUUAAAUAGUGUCAAUAUAAAUGUAAGAUUAUCUCUCACUCCCAGACUCCUUCCCUCCAUGAUAUCUUAAAAUCUCCUGCUGUUUCUCUUCCUCAGAUGUCUUUGAUGGAUCGUGGGGGUGUCCGACCAAUCACAGCAGUGGCGUGGACCUCCAACACCAGCACCUGCCCCAAAGACUUUACCCUGGUAUGAACACAGAUGGGCCAUGAAGUUAAAUAAAAGGGUCUAUUCAUUGCUGUUUAUAGUUGUUUGGAAACAUAGCAGAGGAAAUAAGAGAUAAAUAUUUCCAAGUUUCAUUAAAGUGUAACAAAAACUAGGGAAAGAACUUGACUGUUUCAUGGCCUUCUUGUAACAUAAGAGUGGACAACUUUUUGUGUCAGUGCAAAAGUCUGAUAUUUGCAAUUGAAAUCAAGAUCUUAGAGGUUUUCUCUCUUGAUAAAAGAACAUAUGGACUUAAUGCAUGUUCAUUGCUCACAAUGAGGCACAAUGAGUAGAUUGAGUCAAGAUGUGACCAGCCAUAUUAUUCCAGUCUUUUUAUGCAUGGGCACAUGUCUGUAAAAUUGUACCUGAUGCAUGGAUGGUCAAGUACUAAGAAGACAGUAAAACCUCAAGCACCAGGCUUUAACUUGAUGUUGUUGGAAAAGUAAAGUAGGAAAAACUAAGUGUUUUGAUGGGCUGACCUUUCCAGUGUUUUUAUAGGUGAUGUAAACCUGCUGCAAAAACCCUUCCUGAAAUACGAAAAAAGCAGCUUGUUCAGCCUUUGACUUUUUGUACUUUUCUUGAAGGGCUUGAACAUUAUGGGCAGGUCUGUUUCAUAAUGUCUUCAAAAGCACCAGAACUGAGGAAAAGGUGAAAGAAAGGGAAGUGCCAAGGGGCUGGAAAAAUAAACAUUUCUGAUGUCAGAUUGGUGAAUGUGGGAUCUAAGUGUGUUAACAACGCACCUUUGUAGGUGCAGAGGAGAAGUGGUUUUUCGUUGAAUAAAAGUGACAUUCAGAAUAUGAAAAGAAUAUUUCUAUUCUUCAAAAUUGGCAAAGCUUAUAAAUCAGCUGAAUGACUGUAUUGAUUGUAAUAACCUCCAAGUACGCAGAAUCAGGUUUACUGCAACGUAGGUUUUCACAUACAAGGAAUGUGUCUUGGUGUUCUGGUGCUAAAUCAAAAGAGCACAGACUAACUAUAGAAACAUAUAAAAGUACAGAUACACAUAAAAAAUAAGUUAACAGCUUCUUAGAGCAGUACUAAGAUUGGAAAAGAAACUAAAGUAGACUGUCAAAAUUAAUCAAACUGUCAAAAUAGUAUAAAACUACAUAAACCAAAAUCUGAGGAAAAACUAAGCAAACUUUGUGACAGAGAGUGGUUCAUUUGUGCAGAGAGGUGCAAAAGUUCUGGUGUAAACAAUACAAAAUGCAAUGUAACGUGUACAUUCAUAGAACACAAAUAAUCUGAUAACCACUGUGGGUUUUAAAAAGUAUGAGGGUGUGGCAGCAGAGGGAGGUGGAUAGUGGUUUGGUUUAAGUAGCAGAGUGGAAGAAAUUGUUCUUUUAGCAAGAUGUUUUGAUCCUCAUGGACUGCAUCCUCUUGGCUGAGGGGAGGGUCUCAAAGAGUCUGUGUCUGGGGUCUGGGGUGACCUGCAUGCAUCAGGGUUCUGGAGGUUUACAGGUUUUGUAGCGAUGACAUGUUGCAGCUGAUCUCUCUCACUGCUGAGUAGAUGAUACACUGCUGCCAGCUCUUGUGGCCACAGUUUAUCAGACAGUGAUGGAAGAGGUGAGGAUGGACUCAAUGAUGGAGGUGUAAAAGUGCACGAUCAUUGUCUUUGGCAGGUUCAUGUGCAGCUCCCACUGAAGGCUGUGGGUGAUGAUGAUGCUGAUAAACAAACCGAUAUAGAACAAUAUAAAUGUAAUUAUGAUAGCUCCAUGUACGCUACCAGAUUUUGAAAUUAUUCAAAACCACAUCAUAAAAGAAAAGGACACAUCAAAUCAAACCUGUGGUAAAAAAACUGCAACAUCUGCAGUUAAAAGCAGCCCUGAAAGGUGGAGUUUGUUCAGUGAUCUGAAGUUCAGCAGGUUAGUACAGUAACUGAUCUGUUUGUGGAGAGAGUUUCAGAGGGAGAGGGCAGCAACAGAAGAGGCUCUGUCCCCUCACUUGUAGCUCAGUGCUUGGGCUGAAGAAUAAACUUGAUUUUAGCUCUGGUGAAUGUUUCUGUGCAAUAUGAGUAAAAAAAAAAGCAGCACAUUAAUCACGUUGUUGUCACACAAUAAUGAAAGCUUCUUGAUAGUCUAAAUAUCUAGCCACACCUCAUCUCCUCAAUCUCUCUGCAGAUCAGCAUCACAGAAGACGGGGCUUCUGCAAACUUUACGCGUAACUUUGGAAUGAGGUCUGGAUAUUACAUCUGUUACAGCAAGGUAACUUAUAGAGAUACAAUAAAAGCACGCAACCGGUCAUCCCCACUGGCGCUUUUUUCACUUUUCCUCCUAUCAUCCAUAAUCUUCCAUGAAUCUGUGUCUCUCCUUCUCUAUAGGACAUGGCAGGUGGUAUGGUUGUGUCAGACAUUCAGCUCAUAUCAGAAAAGAACUCCAUUCCUCACGGAUACUGCUACAUAGCAGAACACCUUGAACAAAGUGAGCACCAACCAUCACACUUUUUCUUUCUUUAUCUACAUACGGAGUUCCCACCAUUACCGUAACCAUAACCCCUGCAGCUGACUUCAACCACCACAGUUGAUUACUUUACCAAGCAAUACAAGCCCACUCAUACACAGUGUGUGUUUACACAACCCACUUUACAUCAAUAUUUGUUACCGUCCUGAUAUUUGAAGCAGUAUUUACUCACAGCUGGUUUACUUUGCAGUCAGAUGGACAUUAUGUGUGUUUGUGUGUUUGUGUCCAGAGGCCUCUGUUUCCAAGAAGAAACGGGUGUGUGUACGUGUUGUCCCGGUGGGGAGUGUUGACACAGCUGUGUUGGACAUCAAACUGACAGCCAAAAGCAAAAUGAUGCUGCAGCACUACACAUAUGUGGGGUUAGAAGCAUUCACAUAUAUACAAACAUUUGACGCGCACUUGUUUAAUCCCACAUUCUGAACACAGAAAGAGAUAUUUACAUUGCUAUUUUUUAAUUAUGCAUUCAAUAUAUGGGUUGUAGCUACCCGUUGUAAGUAACAAUGAUGUAUGUCUCCACAGAGACAUCCAUGGCUAUGUAUUAUGGUGCAGAAAGGGUUAUUUUUCAAGCCCCGUGCCCCAAGCUAAGCCACGCAGUGUCAGCCUGGACAUCCGCACGCUUUCACUAGACCAGCCAUCUGCUCCCCUGCCCCUCAGACCCAGGUAUAGUACUUAUUCGAUGUUGACUAUAGAAAAGUGUUUCCGUGCAUUUGAUCUCCACCUUACUAGUCUGUAGGCAGUGACUGAAUGGAAAUCUACAUCUUACAUUUGUCAAAUAUGAGAUUCUUGUGUCUGUUUUGAAACAAAGAGAGAUGCUCCUUAUAACCCUCUAGUGUAGCAGAGCUUGUCAGAAAGUGUUUCAUUCUAAAUUUUGACUUCUUUUUAUCUUGGCAGCAACCCACCUCCCCCUCUGCCCUUUAGUAAACUGAGUCAGCGGCGUCGCAGCCUCAACGGCAAAGACAAUCUGGAUAAACCUGCUGACAGCAGCAUCCAGGGAAUCACAGGUACUUCAAGUCUUAUAAUGACAAAAACUUUUAGUUUUUUAUCUUAUUUAUUUUUUACAUGGAGAGAACCCGCUUAUCUUUACUUAUUUCUGCAGCUCUGGAUGGAGUUCCCUUCAGCCUUCACCCAAAGUUUGACAUCCAGGCAAACUGCACGGUAUGUUUGUGAAUCAAAACUUUAUUGAAGUAGUGGAUUUAGAUUUCAAAAUUCCCUUUUUCUUUUUCUCUGAUAUAAAAUCUAACACCUGUCUUUAUCAGGCUCUUCAGCUGAACUCGCAAUUAAGCAACAUUCGCAUCAAAACUCUCAAAGACAUUGAGAAUGAGGUAACGUCACACCUGACUCCUCACUUUGGCCCAGUGAUUCUUGCACUGAAAGUAUGUUCACUUUGUUUGUGUUUUACUUUGUCAGUAUAACUACACUUUUGCUGUGGAGGAAUCUGCUGCCAAGAGGACCAGACCAGUGAUGCCAGCAGGAGACACACCAUCAGUGAACCCUGAACUCUAACAAAGAUCCAUUAUUGGAUCUUGCAUUAUUUUCAGUCCAGAGGUGUUUGGUUUGACAUCUAACAUCAUUGUACUGAUGAAGGAUCAUGAUGAUAAUGCCAACCUGUGCCCCAAGAUUUUAAGUGGAAAAGGUGAAACAAAGAGUGAGUCAUUAAGAGCACAAGCCUUUUUGCACGAGUCUGACAAUCAUGCUACAGAACUGUUUCUGAUGGUUCAGCUGUUUGGUCGUUGUGCCACAUUUUCCUUUUAAGUUUUAUUUAAUAUCAUCCUCAAGUACUCCUUAUAUUCUUAAUUGAACAGACACAUAAAUGUAGUAAUUUUCCUUCAAAACUGUACUGUAUUUAAGAUGUAUCUACAAAUCUAUAUUACAGUUUGAGUCUGCUCGUCUGCAUAAUUAAGCUUCCUAACUUUGCUUAAACAUGCUUUAUUUAUUAAAGUCAGCUACUUGUAUGCCAAAAAUGUUACCAUUCAUAAGAUGCACUUACAUCCAAAGAUGCUCUACAUGUUUUGUGUCAUGGUCAAACAUGGUCUACGUACCGGGAAAUGUUUUCUUCUUUAAACAGAGCUUAUAUUGAGUCUUGGAAGAUGCACCAUGCUACACAUGUCAAACUGACCUCCAGUUACACUAACUCACCUGGAUGUCUGAAAUAUAUCCAGAUGUCAAGAAAUGUUUUAAGAGACUUCAUUUACCAAAAAUUUUGUUUUCUAUUUUUGUUUUGUUUUUUAAAGGUGAAUGGGAGAAGGCUGUAUAGGCCUAUUUGUACUUUAACAUGUUGGGAAAAGUGAAGACUGUUUUUCUUACAGUCAGAAAUAAUAAGAGGUAAAUAUUUAUCUUUUUCAUUGUAAAAUAAUUAAAAUGAUGUUCUUGCUUUUAGGCUUUGUACAGUGGAAUUAUAUUGCAUGCAAAAAUAAAACUUACAACUUACA